AUGUCCGCACAAGGCCCAAGGUUUAUAGAUAUUGGGUUAAAUCUGACUGAUCCCGUCUUCCAUGGAAUUCAUAGAGGGGCCAGAAAGCAUGCAGAUGAUUUUCACCAUGUCAUAAGGCGCGCUCUGAAUGCAGGCGUGAAGAAUGCGGUCAUCACUGGAGGUAGCCUCAGUGAAUCUCGAUCAGCCAUCAAUCUUGCUCGCCAGCUAGGCAUGUACGCCACAAUCGGAUGUCACCCGACUCGUAGCAAGGAAUUUGACAAGUACAUGGGCGGGCCAGAAGCCUACCUCUCGGCCCUUGACAAUCUGAUCUCAAAAUCUCUGGAAGGAAAGGGUCGUGUGGUCGCGGUCGGAGAAUGCGGUCUCGAUUAUGACCGACUUCACUUUGCGUCUCCCGACACCCAAAAAACUCACUUCCGCGCGCAACUCGCACUCGCGAAGAAGCAUCACCUGCCCCUCUUCCUUCAUUCCCGUUCAGCACAUCAAGACUUUGUCAAGAUCUUAACAGAAGAAGGGUUCGGGACAGAUGGAGGGCGGGAUGUUGGAGGGAGGGGUGGUGUUGUGCAUAGCUUCACAGGCACCAUUCAGGAAGCUAAAGAUCUUGUUGCAAUGGGGUUCCACAUAAGGUAUCAGUUUGUCCGCCUUCAUUGCUCGCCGGUUCUUGAUCUGAUUAAAUAUUUAAGCAUUAACGGAUGCGAUGGACCUUGGUGCUCAAUGACAUCCGCCCAUGCUUCUCACUCCCUCCUAAAAUCUCUCCCUAGACAUCUUUCUCAGCUCUACUUCCCUCCCUCUUGUAAACCCGAGCGUCUUAUUGAAGGAGGGACGCACACAGUCAAGGGACGGAACGAGCCCUGCUCCAUAGGUGGUGUAGCAUGGGUCAUUUCAAAGUUGCACUCCUCGACAGAGACCGAGGAACAGGAAACAAUAGACCGCGUCGCAGAGGCUGCUUGGAAGAAUACGAUCGAGGUAUUCCGGCUCAUCGAAGAGGAGUCUGUAGUAUUCGUGAUGUUACACCAAUCCAGCAAAAACCUGAUAGACCUCUUACCCCGACGGCAUCAUGAUCACCCAGCUUCCAGCACACAAGAAGAGAGCAGAGCCGAGAAGAACGACAACGAGCAAAGCGACAAGAUACAGGGCAAUUUCAUCAAGAACACCUGA